UGAAUUGGAUGUUGCUCAAUUUGGCUUGUUCCGACGGAUUGAUUGCCGGAUUCGGGACGCCCAUCUCGGCAGCUGCAGCUCUGCAAUAUAAUUGGCCUUUCAGCGAUGAAUUGUGCGUCGCUUACGCCAUGAUUAUGUCCACUGCAGGAAUCGGAUCGAUCACGACAUUGACGGCGCUGGCCUUGUGGCGAUGUCAACUGGUCGUGUACUGCCCGGCCAAGCGGAGCGGGGCCUUCGCCAAUCACCACAGCGGCGGCGGCGGCGGCGGUGGCAGCGCCAAACUGGGCCGAGUCCAGGCCGCCGUUUUGUUGACUCUCAUCUGGGCCUAUUCGCUGGCCGUCACUUGCCCGCCGCUGUUCGGAUGGGGACGCUACGACCGAGAAGCAGCCCACAUCAGUUGCUCGGUGAACUGGGAGUCCAAGAUGGCCAACAACCGGUCCUACAUCCUCUACAUGUUCGCCUUUGGAUUGCUCGUCCCGUUUCUCGUCAUCGUUGUCUCCUAUGUCAGCAUCUUGCGUGUCGUCAAAAAGACGAAAGAAAUGAGGAGAAAAUCGCAGGCCUCCAUGACGGGUUACAACAUGCACAAGGAAAAGAGGAGCCGACGAGCAGAGUCCGACUCGGAUCAUCAACAUCCAUCGUCUACGAGUACUAAUAAAAGGAAACCUCGGUCGAAAAAUAAAAUCAAGCGGAGCAGCAACAGCGACGCGGCCGAGAAACGGGUGACGGUCAUGGUGGCCUGUAUGGUCGGAGCCUUUAUGGCCGCCUGGACUCCUUAUUCCAUUCUGGCCCUCUUCGAGACUUUUAUCGGAGUCGCCGGCCAUUCCGGCGGACCAGGCAGGAACAUGUCGAACACGACGUUCAGCCUCGACGGCCAGCAGCAAUUCAACGACAAUCAGCCGACGACCAGCAAUGAGGCAGACGACAGCAAUUUCUUUUAUUAUUACGUCGGAACUAUUUCGCCAGCAUUCGCCACCAUUCCGUCGCUCUUUGCCAAAACAUCCGCCGUCUUUAAUCCGCUCAUUUACGGACUUCUCAACACACAGUUCCGAUCGGCUUGGGUGAAAUUUACGAGUCGCUUUUUGCGUCCACGACCACGUCGACAUCACCGUCGUCGCCGCAACAGCAAAGAUUUGGCGGUCAACAUUUCCGGCCUCGCCAAGCCCAACAGGAAAAAAGAAUUGUGGCAAUUGCUGAAUUGCGCAGGUGGCAAUUCGACGUCUCUGAGGCAAUCGGCCACUGUCCACCUGUCGAUGAAGGAAAUCGUUUCCAACGAGUCGCAAUCGGCUUACGUCAUGGCCAACACGGUGGGGGGCCAGCAGCAGGUCGUUAGCGCCCGUCAAGGAGGAGAUCAAGAAGAUCAAGACCAACGACGAAGGCCGAAAAAUCCGGCGAAUAAGACAUCGUGUUCAUCAAUGUCCGAUCCAGAAACAUCCGUCACUCAAGAGCAGACGAUCCAGAUGAAAUCCUUCCGGCAACGACAUCCGCUCAGCGUCCAGCAGCAGCAGCCGGAAGAGCAGCCAGCACAAGAACAAAAGGCCGCCACCACCACCAAGUUGGCGGCAGUCGGAAUGAUUUCAGAAUCGACCAGCUGCUCGUGCACCAACGGCGACCACAAUGUCGUCACGACCACCACAUUGGAGGAGGAAGUUUCGGUUUUCUCGGCGGAUGCGUCAGCUGGCGCAGCAACGACAUUCACCAAAAGUGAAACUCAUCCGCAGACAGUUGCAUCGGUUACAUCAGCCUGUCCAGCAUCAAUCGAAGCGAAAUAAUCGCCAACACUUUCUCCGAUGAAUAAUAAAUGAUUAAAAGCUCAUCGCAUCAGCCGCCCGUUUAGUAUAUAAGGCACAUUUACCAGUCGGGGCCAGAAUCUUUCGCACAAAUUUGACCGAGUACAAUUGAUUCGCAGUGUUUAAUUGGGCUGUUAAUAUGUCUCUAAUUUGAUGGAAAUUUACAUUCCACUUUUGAUGUUAAUAAUUUGGCAAAUUUCGGGGGAAAUGAGCUGUAACGUCAAUUUCUUCACGCAGUUAUUGGUGACUAUUUUUCACGCCCCCUCCCUUUGUCACAAACCGUUACAGAAAAGUAUCUCUUCCCCCUCACUUUUUGUAUAGUUGUCAGCCAUUUUGGAUUACGUAGAUCACCCCUUCCCCAGCAUAUCGUCUUCAAACCGUCACAAAAGUUGACGGCCCCUCCCUUUUCUAAUAAAACGUGUGACGUCCUUCACGGACUUUUUCUUUUUCUCUAUACCCGGGAAAAACAUUUAGUCGAUCUGUUACUGGGUUGGGCAAAAGCUUUAUUUGUCGAAAGAAAGCGGCUAAAAAAUUUGAUUUUAAAAUCAAUAUUAAUCCCAUUUUGCCCUUUUUCUUUCAUCCUUUUUGUGCGUGGGAUGUUAUUCCCGGAAAUCGGCAUUUCCUAUAUUCCUCAUUGGCACACUGUCGUCGUCUUUUGAACCGCUUCUGAAUUCCGACUGACGAUAUAAUCUUAUCAUUUUCAAAUUUGCAUUAAUGGCAACUGAUUUGAAUCGCGCGCGCGCUGAAUAUACCUAUUUGCUUGAGACGGCCGCCGAAUAUUUUGAGCUCAAUCGAGUUAGAAACGGCAUAAAUUGGCGCGCUAAAAUUUGUUUACUAAUGUUCAUCGCCAUUUUCUCUUCCUACCUUUUUAUCCGCUGUAUAUUCAAGUUCUAAAUAUUAGUCACAUUUUGAUUUCGGUAUAGCUAUCCGAGAUGAUGACUGCGAUCGAUGUAGUGGUUUCAAUUAUAAUGUCCAAUUUUGAAAUUCCGUGCGUGCUGCUGGUGUAUAUAACCUACGGCUUCAGGCAUGUCGACUGUCGAGUUUUGAUAUCUGAAAAAUGUUCCAUCGCUAUUCGUGUGUAUACUGGUAUAGCCAACAGUAUAAAUCAUAGUUUCUCCGUAUAGGGUAGGCUAUAUAGUCGAUAUCCUUGAUGUUUUCCUCCGUUCGCGGAAAUAACAUUGUUAUCCGGGGGGAAAAAUCUGGAAAGGCCAUUCCUUUCAUCGCUCAGCACUCUCUUUUCUGGUGGAUACUUCCGUUCUCAUCCGCUCCGUGAUUCUCGAGAUGAUGUUUGUAUAUUUUUGUAGCAGCAGCAGUAUAGCAGCAGUCUAUUAUUAUGUCGUCGGUUCCUUCCAGCAGCAGCAUGGGGGAGCCUAUAUCACUUGAAAUUCCCUCCUCGAUUUCUUCCGGUACCUUUUAUAAUCGUACCGUAUUCACAAGGCUUAAAAAUAGCCAACGCCUAUUAUCUUAUUACACGAUGUUAUACCAAGAUGUAUCAGGCCAUUUUUUUUAUACUAAUAGAUGAUAUUUAUCACUCUCUUUAUAUAUUAUGACGAUAUAAAAGUAUUGGUCCGUCACGAUCCAUUUAACCCUACAGAUUCAUACAUGUCUCCUUUCAUAUCCGUGUCUCCCCAGCAUAUCAAAGGUGGACAAUCAUAUUUGGCUUUUGGAAUUUAAACUGAUAUACUCGUCAUCCAUAUUGAAUGUGUUGUGCUAAGUUAUAUCCCCCAAGGCAUAAUAUUUCAAAAACAUUUAUUAUAAAAUAUCACAUUUUAAUUCAGAUCUAUUUAUUUAUUAUAUACGAUGACUUAUAUCCAUUGCUAUCAAAUGUUUCAU